AUGUGUAAUCUAACAUGGACACCGUUGAGGAUGGCAGAGAUUGUUGAGGAGAUGGCAAACGGAUUCAACAUCCAAAAGUUCUCGGUGAUGGGCCACUCCUGUGGAGCCAUCUACGCCAUGGCUUGUGCGCUCCGCCUCAAAGCACGAAUCGUCGGCACCGUCUGGCUGAUGUCGCCCUGGGUGCAUCUGACGCUCGCUAAACGCAUGAAGUGGAUCAAACACGUCCCGACAACUCUCCUCAAAUCCUCCCAAAGUACGGCCAGUCUGUUGUACAAGUCGCUCUCAGUUGCUGCCAAGGAACCCCCCUCGAAAUCGGACCCCAAUAUCUUGAACUAUGAUCGGGAGAAGCUUGUCACGGCCAUGUUGGAGGAUAAUAUGGCAGAGAGUCUGGAGGGUGCCAAUAAUGACUUGAUGGUUUGUUUGGAGUUGUAUCAUUCUUUCGGGUUCAGUUAUAAGGAUGUUACCCUUCCAGUUCACGUCUUCUGGGGUACCAAGGAUGCUGUGAUUUCAAGGGAGGCAGUGGACUGGAUGGAACAGCGACUAUCACAAUGCACACUCAGCAUCAUCGAAGGCGGAACCCACGGCCUCCUUUGGCGCGCCGACGUCGUCUCACAGAUCUUCAAGGGCAUUGCGUCUUCUUGGAAACUCGCCGAGUUUGAACGGUCGCUGUCGCAGCGUUGGUCGAUCAAACAGUUGGGGUUGAAUGGCGGUGGGCAUAGUAAUCGCCAUUUCACAUAUAGGAGUAGUGCUUAUUCUGCGACGGGACAGCUGCAGCAGGCGAUUCAGACUAGUAAUAUCUAUGAGACAGCUACUUCCAGUGCUGCGGCUGCGGGUUCGACGGUGACGAGCCCGGUGUCGUCGGUGGCGACGGCGACGGCACAGGUUGCGGUGGUUGCAGUUGCAACGGCACAACAGCGGUCUGUGCAUCCGCAUGCUGCUGAGGAGACUGAGGUUCCUGUUGUUGUUGCGUCGGCGACUGCUACCGUUUCUAAUUAA